AUGGGUUUGGCGGGUACCAAGGUGAAACAGCGUUUCGGGCUGGAUCCAAGAAACACAAACUGGUCUAAUGAUACCGAGAAGUUUGGACACAAGUAUCUUGAAAAAAUGGGCUGGAAGCCAGGCAAAGGUCUUGGGCUUGUUGACCAUGCCAUGACCUCCCACGUCAAAGUGUCUAUCAAAACUGAUAACGCUGGUCUAGGGUCUAAGCUUGCCAAGAAGAGGAAGAACGACGAGUUUGACAGCGGAGAGUGUGCUGGACUUGAUGUUUUCCAGAGAAUCUUGGGUCGUUUGAACGGCAAGGAAGAGCAGAUCAACAACGAGUUGGAGAGACAGAGAAAGGAGAGUAUCAUCAACGGAAAGUGGGGCAUGCAUUUCGUCAAGGGCGAUACUUUGAAAUCCACCUGGGACGCCGAGUGUAAACAACUCAUGAAAGGUGAAAAGAGAAAAGCCGAAGAAAGCGAAGCUCCACGCAAGAAGGCCAAGAAGCUGGACGACAAGAGUGAAAAGAAGUCCAAGAAGGACAAAAAGUCCAAAAAGCUAGAAAAGGAUGAUGUGUCUGAGAAGAAGGACAAGAAGGAUAAGAAGGACAAGUCCAAGAAAGACAAAUCCGAGAAAGACAAGUCUGAGAAGAAAGACAAGAAGGAGAAGUCCAAGAAGGAGAAGAAAAGCGAUGACGAGUCCAAAAGCCUGAAGAAGGAGAAGAAGUCGAAGGACAAGAAGGAAAAGUCCAAGAAGUCCAAGAAGGAGAAAUCUUCAGAUGAGGAGGAGGUGACGCGAGACAGCAUGCUCAAGCCCAGAGAAAAAGCCAAAGAAGAGAUCGCUACCAGGCUUUCGGCUAGAGCCAAGUGGAUUAGACAGAAACGUGCCUCCGUCAUGGACGCCAAGGCGCUCAACGAGAUCUUUAUGAUUGCCAACUAG